CUGAAAGGCUACUGGCUGUUGCUGUACCUCUUUACUAAGCUUGGAUUGCAUGUGUAACUGUUGCUUUGUUUUGCUUUAUCAUCUUUUGCAGAAUGACACGGUGACCAUCAGAACCAGGAAGUUCAUGACAAACAGGCUUCUUCAGCGCAAGCAGAUGGUGAUUGAUGUUCUUCAUCCUGGGAAGGCCACAGUCCCCAAAACAGAAAUCAGGGAAAAGCUGGCAAAAAUGUACAAGACAACCCCUGAUGUAAUUUUCGUCUUUGGCUUCAGAACUCACUUUGGUGGUGGCAAGACAACCGGCUUUGGCAUGAUCUAUGAUUCCCUGGACUAUGCAAAGAAAAAUGAACCAAAGCACAGGCUUGCCAGGCAUGGCUUGUAUGAAAAGAAGAAGACUUCCAGGAAGCAGCGAAAGGAGCGUAAGAACAGAAUGAAGAAAGUGAGGGGAACAGCCAAGGCAAAUGUUGGUGCUGGCAAGAAGAAAUGAAGUAUCUAGCAGUAAAUGAACAUCCUUCAGAUGGAAAAUGGACAACAGACUACAUUAUUCUAUGAAGAACUGCUCUGGAAAGAAUAUGUUCAUCUGGAAUUAACAUCAAAUAAACAAUAUAAUGCUGGUUUGCCCUUUAAUUUUGAUUUGGAAGCUACCAUUUUGUAAAGGUUGAGAAAUUCAAGAUUGGUGCAUUGCUGGCACUAUAUUAAAAUCUUUUCAUAAUUAAA